AUGUUUAUCCUGAAAUCGACUGGUCCUGACGACUACCUCAUCGCUGUCGCGCUGGUUCUUCAAAUUCUGUACACCGUCUUUGUCACCAUCGCGACCCUCUACGGCCUCGGACGACUAUUCGCCGACGUGGGCGAUCCCGAAGCGUAUUUUACGGCGCUGAAAUAUGAAAUCUUUAGCCAGGUCGCCGGCCUCAUGGUCAUUGGCGUGGGUAAAUGCGCCGUCGGCGUCUUCCUUCUCCGAAUCGUGCGAAACAAGAUCCAGUCCAUUGUCAUUUGGGCGUUCCUCGUGGGGACCGUCUUCAUCACCCUUUUCUCAAGCAUCACCGUCGUCGUCCAGUGUAUUCCGGUCCAGAGGACAUGGAACCCCACCGUCGAGGGUACCUGUUGGCUCGACUUCUCCAAGGUCGGCUGGACUGUCGGAUGCUGGUUCGUCGUUGCCGAUUUCGGAUUCGCCAUUCUGCCUUGGUUCGUGAUUUGGGACCUCAACAUGAAGCGCAAAGAAAAGAUCACCGUCGCCGUAGGCCUCAGUCUCGGUGUAUUCGCCGGUAUCUGCGGUAUUGUGCGCACCGUCGCCCUCGAUGGCUUAAACGCCACAGAGUACAUCCAUGAUACCGUACCCAUGCUCAUCUGGUCCGCCACCGAAAGCACCGUCACCAUCAUGUGCUCGUCGAUUCCCGUCCUGCGGCCGCUAUACGUCCGCUUCCGAUACGGCAGCAAGGGCGAAAGCUCCGGUAACGGUAGCUCCUACAAGUUGCCAAUGUACGGCAACCACAGCGCCCGAACAUAUGGCAUCGGCUCGACGAUGGGCAUGGAAGGGAAACCGAGCACGAGUCAUCAGGCCGUCAUCACCUUCAACGAAGGCAACGCCAGUGACGAGAGCAUCCUGCGAGAUACAAAGGAUCAGAAUGGGAACAUGAGGGGAAUCAAGAGGACGGAUGAGAUCUCGAUCAGCUACACGACGAAUAGCAAGCAAACUUAG